AUGACAGUCUGCAUCGGCUUCAUCACAUUCCGAUUCGUGUAUCCGAGCACAUACAGCAUAAAAGCCGAUCUUGCGACUCACGUCUUAAUGGGCAUACUCUGGUUAGUCGACCUUCUUCUCAUGUGCUUUCUGGGUUGGUACCGACAAGCCGACAAAGAGUAUCUAUUCAAACUAUGGGUGGCGAAACUUGUCAUGGAGACAAUCGAGUGUGCUCUUUGGUUCUUUGAAGCGCUCGUUCUCGCUAGAGACUUGACGACGCCCUCACCUGUCAACGAGCCCAUGCCACUUCCACCACUGCCAUCAGCCAGCAACUUUGAUUCGCCAACAUCGCCACAACAGAUCGACCCAUGGUCUCCAGUCUCGCCUCUCGAACCUCCUCGGUCGGGGCCGCAGCCUUUACUUCCCGAAAGCCCCAAUAGAUACGACGAUGAUGCGCAGGAGUUACCGGAUCCUUUCGAUUUCGGCUUUUCUCGAGAAGCUUCUAGCGAUAGCUCAGGUCAGCAUGUAGCGGAUCUGAGUCCUCAGCAAGCUCCCAGUUCCGCCUGCAGUCAUGGUAGAAGGGGUGCGGUUAGUCACCUUGAUCCAGUGGGGUCACGGUGUGUUUCACCCAAGAAGCAGCCUAUUAGGAAGUAG